AUGCUUGAUUUGAAUAACCCAGAUGCAUCAAAAGUUAUACUUUCUGAUAUUCAAGAUAAGAUCUCGGUUGAUGGUGUUAUUAAUGAUGUUAAUGGGGUUGAGUGUUUGAAGGCGAUGAAGGAUAAUAGUUUGUUUAAAGGGUUGAAUAAAGAUGAGCUUGAAGCUAGGUUUAUUCCUUAUCAUAAGUUGAUUAGAGAUAUGGUACUAAUUAAGGAUACAUCAGUGACGGCAAAUGUGGAAAUUGAAGAGAAUGUGAGGAGUUUUGUUGAUGAGAAUUCUGAUUCUGGUGAGGAUAUAAUUGUUGGUGUUAUCGAUUCUGGUGUGUGGACUGAGAUUCAAAGCUUCAAAGAUGAUGUUAUGACAAAGGAAAUUCCAAGCAAAUGGAAAGGAGCAUGUGAAACUGGCCAAGAAUUCAACGCAUCCAUGUGCAACUUCAAAUUGAUUGAAGCUAGAUAUUUCAACAAAGGUAACUGUGUUAAUGGAGCUUCUUAUUUUGGUUGUGCUAAAGGAGUAGCAAGAGGUAUUGCACCAAAAUCUAGGCUUGAUAUUUAUAAAUUCAAUUGGAAAGAAGGUCUUUUGGCUUAUGGUGUUUUAGCUGGAAUGGGUCAAGCAAUUAUGGACAGUGUUGACGGGAUUUCAAUUUCCAUGAGAUUCGAUGAUGUUCCACUUUAUGAAGAUCAUAUUGCAAUAACUUCAAUUACAGCAAUGGAGAAGGGGAUUAUUGUUUCAUCUUCUGCGGGUAAUUUAGGACUUUAUCUUGGAACAUUACACAAGGAUAUCCCAUGGCUCAUUAUAAUAGUUUUAGGAACAAUAGACAGAACUUUUGGUACUCUUGUUUUGGGAAAUGGCAAAAACAUUAUUGGUUGGACUUUGUUUGCAUAA